AACCGAUUUGGCAAUGAAUUGUCGAUCGGAGCUUCUUGAAGUUACAGUGGAGGCGAGGCAGGUUGAAGAAUCAAUUCUGUCAUUGCUGCACACUAUUUUACUACACCGCAGCACUGGAAAAUUUCACUAUAAAAAAGAGGGCACCUACUCUAUCGGUACAGUUGGGACCGUUGACAUCGACUGCGACUUCAUCGACUUCACUUUUGUCAGAGUUUCCUCGGAUGAGCUUGAUAGGGUGAUCAAAAAAGCAGUGACUGAAUUCAAGGAUGCUUUAAGCGUCUCGGGAAGUGACGGCAUCGGUCAAAUAUCCCUGGAAUUCUACCAGAAGAAGAAAUCUCGCUGGCCUUUUUCGGACGAAUGUAUCCCCUGGGAGGUGUGGAGCAUCAAAGUCAAUGUCGUCAACCUGGCGAACGAGCAGGAGAGGCAGAUCUGCAGGGAGAAAGUGGGAGAAAAACUCGGCGAGAAGGUGAUCAACGUCGUCGAGGUCAUCAAUCGUCACGAGUAUCUGCCCAAGAUGCCCACUCAGUCCGAAGUGGACAAUGUGUUUGACACCAGUUUGAGAGAAGUCCAGCCUUAUCUGUAUAAAAUCACGUACCAGAUUACGGACUCUCUGGGUACGUCUGUGAGCACCACCAUGCGAAGGCUGAUAAAAGACACUCUGGCACUGUGAAGUGUUUCUCACGACACGUCAAUCUGUCAGACAUCAAAACAUUUGUAAAAACUCCAUUAUCUUUGGUGUUCUCAUAAAGGUUGGCUCAAACCGUUAUAUACUAUUUCUUUAUAAUGCUUUUGGCACCUUUAUAACCAUCCUAUCUUUUCACAGGAUAUUUAAGAUGCCCAAUUUAGAUUUUCUUUUGUCAAAUUUGACAUUUGAUUGAAACAAAUGUUAACAGAAUGUGUCCGCGAACCCACGCAUGUGCACAAAAUACAAUGUCACAUGGCCCAGUAUGUUUAUUCAGUUAGUAAUGGUUGCUUUGUAGGUCUGAUGAUACAUUUGAAGCCAAUUUAAAGGGACAGACGACAUCUUUAUUAUGUAAAUCCCAGCGCAAAUAAUCUUGUUUAAUAAAUAGGGGUUUAAUAAAUAGGGGAAAAGAAAAACAUAAUUUUAUUAUUUUGAUACAUGUUAGUAGAGAAAAACUGAAAUAAAUGCCAAUAUUUCCAGAAAGUUGUUGGAAUUUGACCUAAUAGCCAGACUGCCGGAAUCAUCCCAGCCGAACCGUGCUAGUGCAAUUCCAACGACCCGGGCUGGCGGUGACCCAACAACCCGGCCAAAAAGCCAGACUGCGUGUUCACUUUAGUUUUAACCCCUUGUACCGACUCCAUUUUAAAAGCUGGAAAAAGGCUUCGAAACACAAGUUGACAAUUUUUUCCAAGUCGACGCAACCAUGCAAGCAAGGAGGAAAGCUGUCUCACAGGUCGACAAACAAUAAAUACACAAAAAUGUUCUAGAGAAAAUACAGUGCUAGCUAAAGAAUUCAGUCUUUUGGAGGCUCCGGUGAGGCGGGCUGUGCGCCGGGAGAAGGGUGUUGUUUAGGGUAAAUUUUCUGUUGCAGGUUGGGCCAAUGAGUCUGUGUGUCACUGUUGCCAUGGCAACCAGAGUUUGAGAUUUUGUCAGCCUCAGUGCAAAAGGAGUGUUUGGUGUAAAUUCUUAGCCAUGGAGUCUUCUGGUUAUCAGACAUGCAAGACAGGAUGUCCCGCCAUUGUUCUGGACUGUCCAUUUUUGGCCCCCAGAAGAGCUGAUGGCGGGAUUUGGUGGUCCAGACGUGGGCUUGUAGAUGUCUUGGCCAUCUCCUGCUUGUCUUGCUUCGUCAUCGUCAAUCCCGCUCAGCCAGCUGCAUGACGGGCGCGUUGGGCUUCUGUCAGUCAUUAGGCAUCCUGUAUCUGUUAUGCCCUUAUCUGCCCGUUGCCUUGGCGCUGCAAAUUCCAAUCACUCCAAUUCGAACUACUCAUAAUAUCAAAUAUAUUCUACUUGCUUUCUUAAAUUAUGAUUUAAAUGCCAUUUAUUUUACAUUGGAUGUGUUAGAGUAAUACAAACAGUCAACCAACAGUUAAUAUGGGAAAGGAUGCUAUUCCCUUCAAAGUGGCUGUCCGACAUAGCGGCAGACAUUUUCAGAGUAUUUCAGAUGUCCCGCCCUUCCUAGUGAUGUCGUUAACUCAUUAUCACAUGCACCUGUUUCGAACUGAUGUCACAAAAUGGCUGUGUCAUUUUUUGUGUUUAAACAUUAUUUUAUCCAUUAUCAGAGGACUAAUAAAUUUGCAAUUUUUAUACUUUAAUCAAGCAACUGUCUUUAAUAUGAAGGUCGUGUAUACUAGGUGUUGUCUGUCCCUUUAAAGAUUUUUUCCUCUUAUAUAUUUAUCAGUCCUAAUGCAUCUUAUUCUCUCCUCAUUUGUCUGUCAUUGCUUUUCAUGCCUGUCUAUUGUCAAACAAUUGACAGUGGUUUUUGCCUUUUGUUGACAUGAGCUUUCAAUACACAUUCACAUACAAAGACAUAAUUGUGUUAUUUCACAACUUCACAUUGCAUGAAAAAAAAAAAAAAAACAGUCUCAAAUGGGCCAAGAAAAAUGGAAUUGACUUGCAAUGUGAACCUAACUCUCUACCAGUCUUUUUAUUGUCAUCCAGUCACAAGAGCAUUACUUUGAAGCAUGACAUUGUUUUCCAGAACAGAUUCCUUCCCCCCCCCCCGACAUAAUCAUAAUUAAAUCAUUUUGUAUCAAAAUUAAGACAAUAGUGCUGGUGUGUAUAGCUUCAAACAUUAAGGUACAAGUUUUAAUCAUCAACUGUUUUUCUCUGCUCCUGAUUGUGAAAUGAUUGUGCAAUUUAAGUCAUUAUACUUCCCUGCCAACUUCAAGAAAUGCAAAACAUCUGUUGCUGACUUUGUUGACUUUAGACAUUAUUUAAAUGUUAAUUAAGUGUACAUACUAAGUGUAAAUAAAAUGAAUUGUAUUCAAAUGAUUUUUUUUUUCAUUUACUACACCCAGCAACAGUAUCACUAUAGUAUUAUACAGCAGUGUUUUUUUUUUUCUUUUCAAAGGAGUACAUAUUUAAUUUAGAAUAGUUAAACAACUAAAACACUUCUUUCUGUAUGUGUGUACGUUACCAGUCAACGGAUGCUAUAGUUAUUUCUCAACAUUCAAAUUUACCUUGUUUUUUCUUGGACAUGAAUGACAUGCACAUUUGUGAUCAUUCAGCUUCUGUCCAAAAGAGAAAGGAGACUUCAGAUCAGCUUUGUCAUCUAUAACAGACAUUUGACAAUGGUGCAACAUU